AUGGCUUGUAACUAUUGUAAAACUGAGCAAAAGCCAUGUGCCCCUGAAAAGACCCGUGUAAUGGAGGACUACUUGUCAGAUUUGUUUUGUAGCACUCUUUAUAGGAGUUGGCUGACAAUGCAACCUUUUUUUAAAGGUAUUUUCAAGAGGAAUAAUUCAAGAUUGAUGGAUGAGAUCUUAAAACAGCAGCAAGAACUCUUAGGACUAGAUUGCUCCAAGUACACCGUGGAAUUUGCAAAUCAAGACAAAGCUGAUCAAGUUUUAAAUUGCCAAUCUACAUUGAAGGUGCUGUCCCCGGAAGAUGGAAAAGCAGACAUAGUAAAAGCUGCUCAGAACUUUUGUCAGUUGGUAGCACAGCAGCAAAGAACAUACACAGACCUGGAUGUGAAUGUGUUAGACAACUUAUUAAGUAGUACAAAUGGAUUUCCUGAUCCUGAUUUAGUCUUGAAGUUUGGUCCUGUGGACAGCACAUUAGGAUUCCUUCCAUGGCACAUCAGACUGACAGAGAUCAUUUCUUUGCCUUCCCACCUGAACAUCAGCUAUGAAGACUUUUUCUCUGCCCUCCAUCACUAUGCAGCCUGCGAGCAACGCUGGGGAAAGUGACUUCUGGCUGAGCACGUGGAGUCAGGCUUUCUGUGGGAAGGAAUUGAUGUCUGUUUACAAGCACCUGUGACCCAUAAGUCUGGUUCAUAGUCCUUUCUUAAUUUAUCAACAAAUUCAAUAAAGUGUCUUACCUUUCUAGAGA